AUUGAUGCAUUAUUUGUUCAUUUGUCUUACAUGCAUGUCUUAUAUUGUCGUUUCCUCGCAUAUAUGGACAUUGCAGGGGUUUGGGGAUUUUGAAGAUGGUUUUAUGCUUGAAUGGGGAAAGAAACUGACUCUUGGGACAAAUUAUUUCACUGAUCCAAUGGGGAAUGUUAUGAACUUAGAGUUUGAGGAAGAUUUGAUAAGAAAGGGAAUUUUUCGAAUACCACCUUAUUUCGAGGAAUUUUAUGAACUCAGACACUUGCAUUAUGUCUGUACUGUAUUUUGUGGUGAUAUAUAUUUUCGACUGAGGAUUUUCGACCUACAAUGGACUGAGAUAGAAUAUCGAGGUCUAGGUGAUAGUUACAUUGUAGAGGAAGAUUUGGUGUGGUCUAGGUUCUUGUCUUCUUUCAGGGUUCUCUUAACUCCUAAAGAGGGUACAGUCUACAAUUUGCUUGGAUGCUUAUUUUCACAUAUUCUGGGAGAAGAAAAUCAUUUAUGGCCAGGAGAUGGAGUUCGUAGAUCCUUGUUCUAA